AAUGCACACAGCAACGUCGCAGGUCUAACGAUUUACCAACAGGUUCUGAGAAGAAUUUUUGCUGUUGGAAUAGCUUUAAUCCGUCGUUUAUUCCUUUACAUAGUUCCGGCUGACAUUUAAUCUCUCGCUUUUUUAAAAUGCCGCGCAGACCGAGUUUUUACGACCCCUCGUUCACGUGAUCAGUGUCAACCAUGUGACCAACGCUGCCGCUGACCAUAUGACCAGUCCUGUCAUGUGACGUGACUGCAUGAAGUCUGUUCUAGCUUUCAUGGAUGAUGUUGCAAUGGUGGCUCAAUGCAGAAAAUGGGUUCUUCUACGUUUGCCUUUUAUUAUCGCAGUAUGGGGUGUUUGUCGCGCGUUAAGCGGCGGGAUGCUCUACCCUAGAGAAACGCCGUCGCGGGAGGUUAAGGAGCUGAAUGGGUUAUGGAGCUUCAGAGCUGAUUUUUCUCCCAGCAGAGACAUGGGCUUUAAACAGGCAUGGUUCAAGAGCCCUUUGUCAGAGACGGGUCCUGUUAUCGACAUGCCGGUGCCUGCCAGCUUUAAUGAUAUAACCCAGGAUGCUCAGCUCAGGGACUUCAUCGGGUGGGUGUGGUACGAGCGGGAGCUGUGGGUUCCCAGGCGCUGGCUGUCUGAUGAGGGGCUGAGGGUCGUGCUGAGGGUGGGCAGUGCGCACUACUACUCUAUGGUUUGGGUCAAUGGAGCUAAAGUGAUGGAGCAUGAGGGUGGCCAUCUUCCCUUUGAAGCGGACAUCAGUGACGUGCUCCGGAAGGACCCGGCUGUGUCCUGCAGGAUCACCAUCGCCGUGAACAACACUCUGACAUUGCAGACAUUACCGCCUGGCACCAUCCAGUACAUGAACGACCCUGCGAAGUAUCCGACGGGAUAUUUUGUGCAGAACACAGACUUUGAUUUCUUUAACUACGCUGGGAUACACCGUCCCGUGUUGCUGUACACGACUCCGAAGGCACAUAUUGAUGACAUCACAGUGCAGACCAGCUUUGCUGACAGUAUCGGGAUUAUAAACUACCAGAUCUCCGUCCUUGGGAGUCCAAACCCAAAAGUAACUGUAACGCUGGCGGACAAAGAGGGCCGCUGUGUGGCCAAUUCCAGCGGAGCUUCAGGGACCAUCAAAGUGCUGAACGUUAACCUCUGGUGGCCCUAUCUGAUGCACGAAAACCCCGGAUAUCUGUACUCCCUGGAGGUGCACAUGAACGCAGAGGACCAUAACGCACAGUAUGAGGAUUUCUACUCCCUGCCUGUCGGCAUCCGCACCGUUCAGGUGACCAAGAGCCAGGUCCUCAUUAACAACAAGCCGUUCUACUUCCAUGGAGUGAAUAAGCAUGAGGACGCUGAUAUCCGAGGGAAGGGCCUGGACUGGCCGUUGCUGGUGAAGGAUUUCAACCUCCUCAAGUGGCUGGGGGCCAACUCCUUCCGGACAAGCCACUACCCAUACGCCGAGGAGGUCCUGCAGAUGUGUGACCGCCAUGGCAUCGUGGUCAUAGACGAGUGUCCUGGUGUGGGCAUCAAAGAUAUACGCAGCUUUGGAAACGCCUCUCUUGCCCACCAUCUAGUGGUGAUGGAGGAGCUGGUGAGGAGAGACAAACACCACGCCUCUGUGGUCAUGUGGUCUGUAGCUAAUGAACCGGCUGCUGAGCUGUCCCCAGCCAGCUACUAUUUCAAGACGCUGAUCUCGCACACCAAGGCUCUGGAUCCCUUGCGACCCGUCACCUUCAUCUCAAACAGCAACUUUGAGAGGGACAAGGGGGCUCCAUAUGUGGAUGUCAUCUGUGUGAACAGUUACUUCUCCUGGUACCACGACCCAGGACACUUGGAGGUGAUUCCCAUCCAGCUCAGAAACCAGUUUGAGAACUGGUACAGGAAGUACGAGAAGCCCAUCAUCCAGAGCGAGUAUGGGGCGGAUGUCGUUCCAGGCCUGCAUGCAGACCCCCCCAUGAUGUUCACAGAAGAGUACCAGAAGACGGUCCUACAAAACUACCACAGAGUGUUUGACGAGAAGCGGAAGGAUUACGUCGUCGGAGAGCUGAUCUGGAACUUUGCAGAUUUUAUGACGGCGCAGUCCAUCACUCGUGUGGUUGGCAACAAGAAGGGCAUCUUCAGUCGCCAGCGGCAGCCCAAAGCAGGGGCGUUUUUGCUGAAGGAGCGUUACUGGAGGUUGGCCAAUGAGACGGGGAUCCUCCCACCCUGGACAAGAUACCCCUGCCACUGAGGUCGUCACCGUCAGUCACCCCCACCAGUGCCUUCUCUGAACCAGACAUGCUGGACACUUCUUACCAGUUAAUUAGUCACUUCUCUUCGAAUAGGGAACCAACCUACUACACUUAAAAAUGGGAAUGAAUGCGAUGCCGUCAUAAACUGUGCUCCUGUAUGGCCGUCUUUACGAAUACAAAUAGAAACCACCCCCCCCCUCCAUGCAUGCCCCAAUGGGCAAAUGAACAGGAACCCUGCAGGCUUUUGUGGAGCUACAUUUUUUUAUGAUCAAUUAAGUGAUCUCUCUGGACACAAACCACGCCCAGGUCCACUUGAAGAGGUGAGCCCUGGCAUGAUACACAUCUAGUGUGAUCGCCAACCUUGCCUGAGCACAAACAUGACUGCCAUACGCAUGCACACGUACAUGAACCGGACCUGGAAGGAGUACAGAUCAGCGGGGGAGGGGAGGUAAUGAUGCUUGAGCACGGUACAAGGCAACCAGGCCAAGUUUAAGUAUACCCUUAAAUGUACUUCACUUAAAGCCAGCCAGUAAUCUUCAGUUUUAAUACUAUGGAGUAAGGGGCCUUAACUGGUCACUUUGAAUGCCCUUCCCGUCUCCCAUUUCUGCCUGUCAGGUUAACACAGACACGUGAUUAUGCGAACCAGUGGCACUUCAAAUUUACAUCUCAGCACCUCAAAUCCCAGGCCAUUACGCGAUUUAAAAAAAAUAAUUCAGUGAACUCUCCUUGUAAAAGCUUCACAAACAGCACCGUAUGGUUUAAACUCUACCCUCCGUGUGUGACAUUUUCAUUACUUUUACAUUUAACUUCUGUGAGAAAUUUGGAAGUGCAUGCAAAUUUUUUAAAUCAUGUAGGAUAAAUGGCGUGAAAUCAGCACUGACCCAGGCCCUGCUGCAGACUGUCACCUUACUUCAAAUACAUAUAUGCAACAUCUGCUAGAUUUCAAAGUGGGUGAUUUUGGAAAAAAAUGAGAUGUGUGUUGUGCAAAUAAAAUUAUUUUGUCAUCAAA